CACGAACGACACGACCAAACACGAAGCAGCUUUGUUGUGAUCUUGAUAUUCGCAGCACAAAACGCACGUCUCCAAGUCGCAAAAUAACAUAAAAUUUUUGCUGGAUAGCGGUAAAUUUCCGUAUGGUGCAAUAUUUUGGCUUUAGUUGAUCAGAAAUUCGAUACCCUAGGCCUUCCCACCGGUCCGUAACUUUUUGUAACAGUAACGAUAUACAAUUAUUGUAGCUAUUAGUUUAAAAGUGUUGUGCAAUCUGCAAGUGCAAGUACGGAAUUCAAUAAUGUUGCAUCGUCAGCAUUGCGCUAAACUGCAGUGCUAGUUGUGGUCCUGCGUGGCAUCCGGACGACCUCCGCGGAAAGUGCGCCAUGGCCGCCGCCAACAAUGGCAAAGAAACCUUUCGAGAACGGCAGGAAACCGAACUGGAGGUGAUCCGUUCCAUUUACGAAACGCAGGUGGAAGACUUGCGGCCAGCCGGAGGGAAAUGGCGUCCACUGGAGGUGCGGCUGAAGCUCACACCGCAGAAAGGCUCUGCCCGGGAGAUUUACGCCCGGACCGAGAUGCGGGUGACCUGCCCCAGGAACUAUCCGAAAUAUCCGCCGAAAAUCGAGCUCGAGAACACAAAGGGCCUGUCGGACAUGCUGGUGCAGGAAUUGCUGGACAUCUUGAAGAAGCAAGCUGACCAGUUGAAGGGUGAGGUAAUGAUUUAUGAGCUGGCAGCUACGGUGGAGGGAUUUCUACAUAAAAACAAUGCUCCACCGAAAGGCAGUUUCUACGAUGAAAUGUUGGCCAAUCAGGAGCGCAUCGCUCGGGAUCGGUUUAACAUCUUGAAAGCUGAGGAGGAUCAGCGCAAGCAGGUGAUUAGAGACGAGCUGCAGAAACGCAAGAGAGAACUUGAUAAGACGAGGAGAGAAUCGAAACAGAGCAUAAAUGAAGCUAGUCCGAUGCAUCGCAGUAUGAGUUCGUCGGACAACAGCGAAGGGAACACCUUUCGAGGACUGGACUCCAUAUGUCUGGAACAUCGAAGGAGUGAGACGUUGUUCUUCAGAGAUGGAAAGAAGGUCGUCAAGGGGUCUUGUUUGGGACACUCGCAGCGUGGAUGUGUUGCUUAUUCGGGUAUAGAUGUUCAAACUGGUCAGCUGCUGUAUCUUACGGAAUGGAACAUUGAUUUGGACAAGGAUGGCAAAACGGUCUCCGGAAAGACUUCGGAUGAAGUUGUGAGCGAACUGGAAAGGCAGAUGGGUAACCUGACCAAUCUAAGGCACAAGAACUUGAUUUCGUACGAGGGAGUGUACUGUAGAGUCGGAAAAGAGGCAAUCGAUGUGUUCGUAGCGCAGGAUUUCAUCCUAGGAACGAGUGUUUUUACAAUCUCUGGAUCGUUGGGUUGGUCCGCAGAGGGAGCCAGUAUGGUUGCAAAAGGUAUUCUGGAAGCUCUCAUUUACCUGCAUAACAAUGGAGUGUCACACGAUAAUCUAUCGGAUUCAUCGGUUUUCAUCGAUAACAGUGGUUCCAUUAGAGUGGCAGACUUCAAACUGAUUGCCUACAUUCAAGAGCUCAUCAAUGGCCAGCAGUGCGUCCGAAGUGAUCUACCAGCGUUGGGGUCCCUAAUUGAAUCCCUUUUCAAUGCUCAUUCCGAAAUGAAGGACUUCAUCGACCGUUGCAAAUCGGAAAGGACCAUUUCUGCGUCCGAUCUUUUGGAGCACCCGUUUCUUCGACCGAUUCUUUUCCAAGAUAUCCCUAGAAAGAAGCAUCAUCCACCACGGGAACCCAAACCAUCCGAGUUGCAGGUGGUAGAUCGAUCCCAUCACUCCAUCCCGGCCUUUAUGAACAAUACAUUAGCCGCAGAAAAAUCUCGCCUGCAGACAGAGUUUGAAGUGCUGUCCUACAUUGGGAAAGGAGCGUAUGGAGAUGUGUUGAAAGUGCGCAACAUCCUGGACAACCGUCAGUACGCAAUCAAGCGGAUAUUGCUGCCAGCCCGAAGUAAGCAGUUCUACAAGAAGAUGACCCGAGAGGUCGAACUGCUGUCCCGACUGAACCACGAGAAUGUGGUUCGAUACUACAACAGCUGGGUCGAAGCGGUAGGCCCAGGUGAAGAACAACAGCACCGUUUGGAAUCGAGCUGCGAUUGGUCGAUCAGUGGAGGAAGUGCUCCGAAGCGUGUGGCUCCCACCAAGGUUAUUAAGAAGAACAAUGAUAAGAACACGGAUUGGGGACUGGACUGUAUGGCGCUGGACUCGAGUAGUAGCGAUGAUGACGACGAUGAUGGUGAUGACAGUUCCGACGGUAUCGAAUUUGUAGACUCGAACGGAGAGGUGGCAACGUAUGCGAGCUUCAGCGAAGGAGUCACGGGGGACAAGGCUCGAGCGGAUAGUGCAGCUGGUGGAGGUCCCGAGGUCUUGUACAUGUACAUCCAGAUGGAGUUUUGCGAGAAGAGUACGUUGAGAACCGCCAUUGACUCUUAUCUUUACGAAGAUGUCGAUCGCGUAUGGCGAUUGUUUAGGGAGAUUGCUGAAGGCCUUAGCCAUAUCCAUCAGCAGGGGAUGAUCCAUCGGGAUUUGAAGCCGGUCAACAUUUUCCUUGAUUCGCGAGAUCAGGUCAAAAUUGGAGACUUUGGUCUUGCCACUACCAGUAUUCUAGCCAUUCAGAAUCAGCAACAAGACCGUAGUCACCAGAUAACUUCACUGGAUAUGGGCAACUCUCUGACCGGCAAGGUGGGCACCGCUCUAUACGUUGCUCCGGAACUAACUGGAAACGCUUCCAAAUCAACAUACAACCAAAAAGUUGACCUCUACUCACUGGGCAUUAUACUGUUCGAAAUGAGUACGCCACCGCUGGUCACGGGAAUGGAACGGGUCAAAACUCUCAUGGAUCUCCGUUCGGAUCCGGUGCGAUUUCCCGGCCAUAUCUUCAACGAAAGCAAAUACUCGCAGCAGAUUCAAGUCAUCCGAUGGCUGUUGAACCACGACCCCGGAAAAAGACCCACCGCUGAGGAGCUUCUAUCCUCAGAGCUCGUUCCACCGAUUCGUCUCGAAGCCGGAGAAAUCCAGGACGUCGUCCGACAUGUCUUGUCCAACCCUCAAUCACGCCACUACAAACACCUGAUAGCCCGGUGCUUCGCUCAGGAAAGCGACACAAUCUGCGAACUCAGCUACCAUCUGGACAUGGUACCGAUAAUCCCUCGAUUCGAUUACGUCAAAUCCAAGAUCAUCGAGUUGUUCAGGAAACAUGGUGCCAUCGAAGUCGUAACUCCCCUACUUACUCCGUAUACCAAAACCAACGCUCGCAACAAUUCAGUUAAACUGAUGACCCAUUCCGGCAGUAUAGUUUCCCUUCCGGACGAUCUCCGAAUCCCAUUCCUACGCCACGUUGCCCUCAACGGAAUCAAAUUCAUCCGCCGCUAUUCGAUUGGACGUGUCUACCGAGAAAAGAAAGUCUUUAACUUCCACCCGAAGCAAGUCUACGAAUGUGCUUUCGAUGUCGUCACCCCGAAUCGCGGCAAUCUCAUCGUCGACGCCGAGCUGCUCUCGAUCGCCAACGAAAUCAUGCGUGAACUCAACCUGCUGGAUCCCUCACGGAACGUGUUCUUUCGAAUCAACCACAUCAGCUUACUUCGUUCGAUUCUGCUGUACUGUAACGUACCGCCGGACAAAUACAAGGAACUCUUCGAAAUAGUGCUGGAUUUCUUCGACGCCAAAAUCUCCAAGUUUCAACUGAUCGCGUCCGUCAGUAGUCAAAUCACCCAACCCGGGGUCAAAGUCAACACCGGCUACUUGUGCGAUGCCCUACAGAACGAAAUGUCCCUGUCGCAACUUAACGGGACUUUGCUGAAAACUCUGAAUAAAGGACGCGGUGAACCAGCUGCUCUGGCGAAGGUGGCUAUUCGCGAGCUGGAAAUGGUCGCUUCCCUGGCACAAGGUCUAGGAGUCCAUAUCCCAAUAGUAGUCUGCCCUGGUUUACCGGUAAACUACGAACGUGCCAAGGGAGGAGGCGUCGUUUGGCAGCUGGUUGGCGAGUUGAAAGCGAAAAAGAAGAAUCCCCUAACGACGAUUGCUGCUGGCGGUCGGUACGACACAAAGCUUGCGGAAUUCCAAAUAUCCGGAAUCAGCAACGGCCUGCAAGUUCCGAAGGUCGAACUCAGCGGUGCUGGAUUCAGCUUCCAUCUGGACAAAUUGGUCUACGCCCUCGGACCAACAGGCGGUUGUGAACCGGUUGAAGUCAUGAUCAGUAUAACCGGUUCUCGUCCUCCUUUGAAAGAAGUCGUCCAAAUAUUGCGUUCCCUUUGGUCCCAUGGCAUCAAAACCGGAAUACUGGAAGGCAUUAUUUCGAUGGAGGAAUCUGCCAAAGAAGUCGGAGCCAACGUGGUGGUAAUGCUCGGUGAAGGAGGAGAAUUGCGAGUUCGUACUUGGAACCACGAUCGCUUCCAAGAGUGUCACGUAACCCGUCCGGAACUGCUGGGCUACAUCCUGAAAAUACUUCGGCCGGACCCAUCGGUCAACGAGGUAACAACCGCCCUCCAGAAUGUGGCCCUCACGAGUUCCACCUCCACCAAAAACGUCCCCUCAUUAGCCACCCAGAGCACGAACAACAGCACCCCUUCGCUGGAUCUCAUUUUUCUCACCGCGGAGAAGGUGAAUACCAACAAGAAACGGCGCUACGAGAAUCAGGUCGAGCAUAAGCUAUCUCCGGUGCUGUCCAAGUUUCAGAAGAAAGAGAAGAUAUCGUUGAUCAUGGUCGAUCUGCCGAAUGCGCCGCUACGUGGAUUGAUCGGGCUGAUUGAUCCGACCGAGUGCAGUAACGACGAAGCGUCGCCUAAUUCGGUUGAGUUGAAGUCCCUGAUUGAACGAUACCCCAAGUACAAACGAAACAUUAUGGAAAUCUACGGCGAGAUCGUGGAUAUUUUCAGUGAAAGUAAAGCCAUGCCGGUGGUUGGAGUGUACAGCGUGGUAGACUCCUUCUGCCGGCUGAUAUUGUAGAUGCCGUGUCCUAACGUUAAAGGUAGGUCUUAUAAGUGUAUACAUGUCGGAUAAAUUUUAAAUAAGAAUAUCGAUAUUUUUCGUUUCAAUGUGAAA